AGCAGACUUUAUAUAGAGAUGUGAUGUUAGAGAUCUACAGAAACCUGGUAUUUUUGGGUAUAUGUUCUCAUCAAGCCCAAGAAUUUGCACCAGAGCAGGAAAUAAAAUAUUUAUUCCAAAACAUGAAAAAGGAAAGAAUUCAUACUGGAGAAAAGCCAUACAAAUGUAAAGAAUGUGGCAAAGCUUUUACUGUUAAGACAAGCCUUAUUGCUCACCAGAGAAUUCAUACUGGAGAAAAGCCAUACAAAUGUAAAGAAUGUGGCAAAGCUUUUACUGUUAGGCCAAGCCUUAUUGCUCACCAGAGAAUUCAUACGGGAGAAAAGCCAUACAAAUGUAAAGAAUGUGACAAAGCUUUUACUCAAAUCUCAAAACUUAUUAUUCACCAGAGAAUUCAUACUGGAGAAAAACCAUACAAAUGUAAAGAAUGUGGCAAAGCUUUUAUUGAAAGAUCAUACCUUACUCAACACCAGAGUUUUCAUACUGGAGAAAAGCCCUACAAAUGUAAAGAAUGUGGCAAAGCUUUUUAUCUAAAUUCAAAACUUACUGUUCACCAGAGAAUUCACACUGGAGAAAAGCCCUACAAAUGUAAAGAAUGUGGCAAAGCAUUUAAUCAAAACUCAAGUCUUAAUGUACACCAGAGAAUUCAUUCUGGAGAGAAACCAUACAAAUGUAAAGAAUGUGGCAAAGCAUUUAAUCAAACCUCAAGUCUUAAAGUACACCAGAAAAUUCACACUGGAGAGAAAACAUACAAAUGUAAAGGCCAUGGAAUGAGGCAAAGUUGUUAAGUAAUGCCUCAAGUAUUAUCAAGCAGCAGAGAAUUCAUACUUGAGAAAAUCCUUACAAAUAUAAAUGUUAAAAAGCAUUCAUUGUGACAUCAUACUUUAUUGAUCACCAGAUAAUGUAGAGUAGAACAAAGCCCUACAAUUGAAGAAAAAAAUGUGGCAAAGUUUUUACUUAAAGCUCAACAUUUUAAAAAUGUCAAAUGUUAUAUUAGGGAUUAAACCCUACAAAUGUAGAGUAUGUGACAACACUUUUAAUAGAAGCUCACACCUUACAAAUCACCAUAGAUUUAUUACCUGAGCUCUAUAAAUGUAAAGAAUAUGUCAAAGCUUUAUUCAAAUGAAAAAAAUUAUACUUUCUCAAAACCUAAUUCAUGUUAAUAUCUGCAUAAAACUGUCUGUCCAAGAUGCAUAGCUCAUGUAUCAGUAAAAUGUUUAAUAUUAAGAAAAAUGUUGACAUAUGAGAAAAAUACAGCAAAGUCAUUGUUUUCCAUAUAUUUCUGAAUGAGAAUUAUCAGAGAAUUUCUGUAAGUAUAGAAAAUGUGGCAUUACUUUAAACAGUUUCUUAAAAUUUACUGGGCAUCAUUAGUUGAUGUGAUAGAAAUAAAGUAACCCUCAGAUAUCAACAUAGUGCAGAUAGCUCAUCCCUGAAAAAAAUUUGUUAUAAAUAAAAACUAAAUAUAUAUACUCAAAAACUGGAGAAAAGAUAAUUUUUCCUCUAGGAAAUUAUAUCAAGGAAGAAUACUCAUUAAUGAGAAUUUUAAAUUUGACUUUUUUCUUGUUGUGGUGGUGAUGAGGAUUGAACCCAGGGCUCUUGAAUGCUAAGCAAAUGUUCUACCACUGAGUCACAUCCAUAGCCAUUUUAUUCUGUAUUUUGUGAAGACUUUACAAUUAUAUUUGAAAUACUUUAUUCACAUUGUGAAAGAAUUUUGUUACAAAAUAACAGUGAAUGUUUCUGAAUUGUUAACACUAUCAUGUAUUGAAUUACAUAUUAUGAUAGUUUGUAGGUAACAUCAACAACAAAGAGAUACUGUUUGGUAAACAAUGUGACAUUUUUCUUAAUCCUUUUAGGCAAUGUAAUCAAUCUUCAAAUUAUGUGGAGAUGAUUUAAUUAUUUCUAAAGAAACUGGCUCAAUAAAUUGUCUAAUUUAAUCUUUUCUCAUUUUUAUAUUUAUUGUGGACAAAGACAUUAUAGGAAAUAUAAAGAAAGAUGAUAACAAACCCAGAUUGCUAAAUCUUAAGUUACUAUUUCAAAAUUUUAUUCUAUAAUUUAUGGGUGUUUUAUUGAUAUAUUGAUAUCCCUUCAUAUCAUGAAAAUUGGUUUUGAUUGAAAUUUAUUUGAAUAUACAAAUUUUCCAAUCUAAUGAUAAAGUUUGAUAGAAGUAGUAAUUCUCUCUCUCUUUCUGUCUCUCUGUGUAUGUAUAACAGAGAGAAUAGAUGUGUUUGCUUAUGCCUCUGUUUAGAAACAAAAUAACUUAUUUAACUGAAAGAGAAUUUCAAGAUUUUUCAUGAUUACUAGUAAACUAUAAACAACAAAUAUCUUUUAACAAUCUUCUGAGGUACACUAAACUCAUUUCUUCCAAAUACAUGAUUCCUGAUUUAAAAAUCUUGCCACACCAAUGUUGGCCUUUCUAUUUGCUUGUUACUCAUGGAACAUGUAACAUAUAACUUUUUCGUUUGAAACUUUUAUAAUACAUUGCUAUAUGAUCUAUUCAGAGAAUUUAAGAAUAAUUUUAAUGAUAGUUACUGGUAUUCAGAAAUUAGUUUGAAAGAAUUAUUUCACAGUGAGAAUAUUAACAAAACAUUUUGUUUUAUUAAUGUAUUUCAUUAUUUUUUUCUUUAUGAAAAAACACUUAGUUAUUUCAAAUUUAAUGCUUCAAUUUAUUGGACAUCUUAAAAUUUAGACAAUUUAUUGAGCCUGUUUCUUUAGACGAAAACUGCAUAGAUUUCAUAAGACAUGAGGUUGUUUUGAACUUUCUAUGAAAUAAAAAAUUAUGAAACAGUGUUGGAUAUGUAAUAAGUACUCCUUAACUGGGAGAAAAAAAUUGGUUGUAUUAGAAUCAGCUAAUUUCUCCAUCUAGGAAUGAAACAUCUGGGGUGAAGAAAUGACAUUAAUUCUGUUAAUUUAGAGUGAGGAACACUUCAAUUCUGCACUACUGUGAAUUUAAGAGAUUUUUCUUUUAUUUAUUAACUAUCUCAAAUUUCUCAUUAAAUCUUUAACUUUCAACAACACAAGCAUGACAACUAUUUUUUUUAUUGCCAGUGUUAUGACUAGUGUUUUCACUUUGGUAAAUCCAAGUCUUCUUACAGGAUUUUUUUCUUCUUCCUUUUCUUUCUUUCUUUUUUCUUUUUUUGAUUUUCAUGAGUAUAUUGACAUUUUACUAAAUUAAAUAUAUAGCAUAUUUUGAUGUUUUCUGUGUCUUGAUUUUAAAUUUUCUUGAUUUCUGUGUCUUUAUUUUAAAUUUUCUUUAAAAAUUACUUGGAAAAUUACAAUUGUGGGAUACAGAGUGAAGUUUCAAUCCAUGUAUACAUUAUAUAAUCAAAUCAGUAAUUUCAUGUGCUUCACCUCAAGAUAUUUUUCUUGAUAUGAUAAGCAACUUAUGAACACUUUCUUCUAGUUUUCUUGGAAUUAAUGGAAUAUCAUUAAUAUGUAUUCUCCUUACUAUGUAAUAAAGCCAUAAAUCUUA